UUGUGUUUCUGUUUGCUCUUCUUUGUGUGUCUGUGAUUUUGUCCGCUCAGUUUAGUGUUUCUCCUGCAGAAUAUUCCAGAAUCUCUCCGUGGGUUCACUUCAGACUGUUUUAUUCCACAUUUUUGACUCUGAAUGGGAUGAUGCAACUCGCACAAAGAGGCUCUUUAUCGCUUCAGAUAUUCACCAUUUUAAAACAUUAUCUUCUUUACAUCUCACCGUUGACCCAUCAUUAAAGUGUUUAAUACAGUGAAUAGAUAAGAGUUACUCUAGAUUCCCGUUACCCGGUUUUUCUCGGACUCACAUGCGGCACAUGUCCCGGUAACAGCAGGCUAACAGUUAGCUCUCCGCUCCAGCUCAGCAGCCCCGUGUGGACCCCCAUCCCCCCGACAAACACCUUAACCGGGGAAAACUCACCUGUUUCAUAAGGUUCCGGGACGAUAAACUGGUAUUUUCCGGACUGGUAGUGUUUGAACCUCCAACCGGCGCCUCUGCUCAGAUAUUUUCACGGGAGUCUUCGGGCCCGUUAGCUCACAUUCAUGGGUGUGCUAAUAUCUCGACCCGGAAAAGAUCGGAGCAGCUUUCUCAACCGCGCAGGCUCAGUACGGACUCCCAUAGAUAUCUAUGAGAAAGGCUAGAUGGCUUACGCAACCGGCGGCUGCGCAUGGCGGCCAUCUUGUUACGGGCAGCUCGCCCACUCCUAACAUUCCAGUCUACGGCGCAUGUAGCAUUUAAAUAACCAUAGAUUGAUUAAUUUUAAACUGAUUUUUAAACAGUUUGGUUUGUAACAAACCUCAGAGUUUUAGUUAUGUUCCUGCACACUCAAGAAGCAUUUUAACCAUGGAUUUACAUAAAUCAACAUUGAACAGAUACAGUUGAAAACAGAAGUUUACAUUUAUAUUAAAAAACACCUAACCCUUUUUACCUCAGCGUCCAGCAUUAAACUUUUAUUAAACUUUUCCUGUUUUUGGUCAAUUAGGAUUACUUUGCGCGCAAAUAGCCGUGAAACAACUGUGCUUCAUGAUUACGUUUUUUUUUUUCUUACAGAAAAUCUGUCAUUUCUAUAUGUCCAAGCAUCCUGACCACAGACUGCAUAUACUAUGGACAACUUGGUUCCUCCUUCUGCCAGUAUACAGAUCUGAAGCCGAAAAGUUCUCGGUAAUUCUGCGUUUUUUCUCCACUUCCUGAAACCAACAUUGCGCAGUAGCGUUGUACGCAUUCUGGUGAGCUACGCAAUCUUCGUACUCCAAUAGGCUGUAUCAAGUGUCAAUCAUAGAAAACAUGAACCCCCUGAUAACUUUUGAAAAUGAAGCUGUACAGAAAAAAAGACUUGAGCACAAACCACUCUGACAGUAACUACAUGUCAACAUUGCAAUAAUGUUGACAUGGGGAAUAAAAUAUAUAUUCUGUGUCAUUAAUUUAUAAAGUUUGUCCACAGCUUCAUAGAGAUUGCUGGAAGAGGCGGGAUUUAUGACCUAUACUGCAGCCCAUCACCAGAGGGUGCUGUUCUCAGGGAGGCUUCACCCGGCGAGGAGACAGACGGCGUCUCUCCUGUAUACAGUCUAUGAUCCCGACUCAUUGCAACGUUAUUAUGGUCUGUUAACAAACUAAACCAUAUAAAUCUGUCAGCAUUUCAGCGAGUUCAGAGGAUUUUUGAUCAUACAGAUUACUCAACUCCACGAGACUGAUAUACUGGAGUAAGAUGGCCGCCCCAGAGAGUCAUCUAGCCUUUCUUGUGUAUAUCUACGGUCGGAGUUAUCUCUCGCGCGCACGCUCAGUACGCGCUCCGCUCGGUCACAUGAUCAGAGGCCAGCUGAUCAUCAGCGGACGGGAAGGAGGACGAGAUCACGACCAUCAGCUCGAACUGCGGCUCUAAAAACACCGAUUUUCUGCUUCAUAUUCGCGCUUUACUAUAAACGAAAAUAAGUUAACCGUUUAUUAAACGGAAUUAAACAGAAGAUCACGAACAUCGACCAAAAGACGAGAAGAUGUCUGGAAAAGACCGGAUCGACAUCUUCCCCUCCAGAAUGUAAGAGGCUUGUUUGCUAGCUGAGAGUUAGCCCUCUGCAGCUGAUCUGUUGAGUUGUUGUUGGUGAUUUCUUUGUGUUUUCACAGGAAUAUCUGCCUCAUAUUGCACAGAUUGAUUCAGUGUGAUAUGAACCUAUUUAUAGUUGAUCUGAGAGUCAGAGUGAUGAAGGAAAGAGGAAGAGUCCUUCAGUUUAUCAUCAUGUGACAUUUCAGAGAGUGAGCUGUCAGUCUGACAUUCACACUCAGUUACAGUCUUUAGGACUCUUUCUGUCUCAUCCAUGUUCAAACUUCAUUGAUUGACCCAGAGUCCUAUCAGUUAACCUUAUUGAUCUAAUCAUACAAACACUGGUUAUGGAUUAGGGAGAUGAUAAAAUUAAUUUAAGGUCAAACACACAGUAACACAGAGUUAGACCCCCCUCCAGAGAUGAAUGUUGCCGACUGCUUGCUUCGCUAGUUAUACCAACUUUAGUAACGACUCACCUACUCUCCUCCAGCAGCCGCUUGUUUGUGGGGGGGUUCGCAGCUCAAGGAAGAACAUUUACAAUCGUUUCUUUAUCAUUUCCUCAAAGUAAUAAUCACCAUAUUAAUCAUUUUACAGACGCGGUAGUUCUUCUGCCUUAGCGCCUCAGUCUGAUUGUAUUUACAUGAAGAAAUUAUCAGAAAUGUUCUUCCUUGAGAUGUGAAACCCCCCACAAACAAGCAGCUGCUGGAAGAGAGUAGGUGAGUUGUGUUUAGUCUCUUUGCUUUAGAAAUGAGUCAAAGUUAAAAAGAUGUUUGGUGUCUAGUACUAUGGCUGUGACCCUCUAUGUCCUGUUGAUGAAGUUAGGUGCUGUUCUGAGCAUUAUUUGUGGCCAUAAAGUGGCGUUUUGGUUGAGGUUUGUUGAUGGCUCCUCAGACCGCUGUGUAUUGCUAUCCUGCGGUCGUUACUAAAGUUGGUAUAACUAGAGAAGCAAGCGGUCGACAACAUUCAUCUCUGGAGGGGGGGUCUAACUUGGUGUUACAGUGUGUUUGACCCUAAAUUAAUUUUAUGCUGGAAUAUCCCUUUAAGUUGCAAAUAGAGUUAAUUUAUGAAAGUAGAUCAUGUAGUUUGUGUCUGAGGUACCAGGGGCUUAAUUACUUAAUUACUGUGGCAGUGAAAAACUUUGAAUAAGAAGUCACUCAUGAAUUAAAAGUAGAAACAUUCACAUAUUUGUGUUGGAGAGGAAAGUUGAAGACACAAAUAUGAUCUUUAACAAACACCAUGAAUGUACACACCUGGAACACACUUUUAUUCUCCUCUUAAAGUUACCCUGUGGAGUCAAUACUCAAGUCUAUUGCUCACGCACGACUUUAAACUGGCUGGUUAUGAUUUUUGAAAACUACUCCGUGAGCAUCUUAGAGAGUAGUAACUUUUUCCUUCAGCAGUGAAAUUUCCUUUUUCUCUGUUAAUCCAGUGUGUGUCUGUUUUGGUUCGCAGGGCUCAGACCAUCAUGAAGGCUCGGCUAAAAGGAGCGCAGACCGGCCGCAACCUGCUGAAGAAGAAAUCUGACGCUCUCUCCAUGCGCUUUCGCCAGAUCCUUCGCAAAAUUAUCGAAGUCAGUUCCUCAUAAUCCAAACAAUUCUCCAUUUAUUUGUUUCUUUAAUGACAUCCAAGGGUUUCCUAAAGGCUGUUUCUGUCUGUCCUCUCAUAGACCAAGACUAAGAUGGGGGAGGUGAUGAGGGAGGCCGCCUUCUCACUGGCUGAAGCCAAAUUUGCAGCAGGAGACUUCAGGUGAGAGUCAGUGAAGGAUCGAGUUUAUGGUUUGGAGAAUUAUGAAGGAGUUUAUCGGAGUGUUUCGAAUUAAAGAAAAAUAGCAAAUGCACCACAAUGUUGGUUAAACCGUGUGUUAGUAAAAAUGUUGUUAGUUUCUGUUUUGAUUUCAGUUCAUCAAUAAAUAUCAUCUUUGAUUUCAUCCACAGCACAACUGUCAUCCAGAAUGUCAACAAAGCUCAAGUGAAGGUCCGAGCCAAGAAGGACAACGUGGCGGGUAAACCUAAAGUUUAUUUCAUCAAGAUUUCAGAGUAAAAAAACAAAAACACUUCCAAACAUUUUUCUCUGUUUUCUUCAGGUGUGACUCUUCCAGUUUUUGAGCACUACCAGGAAGGCGGCGACAGUAAGUCCAACUGAGAUAAUCUGAGUUAUGUUAUCGGUAAGUGACCGAGAAUUCGCCUCACGCUCUCCGUGUCUCUCAGGUUAUGAGCUGACCGGUUUGGCUCGAGGAGGAGAGCAGCUUUCCAGGCUGAAGAGGAACUACGCCAGAGCUGUGGAGCUGCUGGUCGAACUGGCCUCCUUACAGGUAGGGGGCACAAUUACAAAUAUACAGAGGUACAAAGAGCAUAUUUACGUAAUUCAUUUAAGUUUUUCAGUAAUAUUCUAUCUUAUACAUCUAAAAUUCAGAGUUAGAUCUAAUAGUGUAUCGUAAAUGACGCUCUCUUCCUGCAGACUUCUUUUGUCACUCUCGAUGAAGCCAUCAAGAUUACAAACCGCCGUGUGAACGCCAUUGAGCACGGUAAACUCACCCACAGCAGAAAUGUGAUUGCUGCCUUUUCCCUCUGAGACUGAAAGCUGAUACUGAAAUUUGACUUUGGUCCUUUUUUCAGUGAUCAUCCCCCGUAUUGAUCGCACCCUCACCUACAUCAUCACAGAGCUGGAUGAGAGAGAACGAGAGGAGUUCUACAGGUAGAAAAACCGUCUCACCUUCCAGUAGAUCCCUGACUUUGUGGUUUUGCUGUGAUGCUGAACGUCCUUCCUCCUUUUCUCUGCCAGGCUGAAGAAGAUCCAGGAGAAGAAGAAGCAGCUCAGGGAGAGAACUGAGUUGGAGAUCGCGGCCCGUCUGGCUAAACUGGGUCCCAUCGCAGAGCCCACCAACAUGCUGACGGAGGAGACGGAUGAAGACUUACUGUUCGAGUGAAGAUUUCCCCCAUUAUCCUAUUUAUUGUGUGGCUCUGAGGCCGUGUUUUCUCACUCACGUGUUGAAAGUUGGUUUUUUUUCGUGUGUGUGUGUACUCGUCAGUGAUUCUCUGUUCAGUUGUGCGAGCGCUGGAAGGUUGUGUGUGUUUCUGGAUUCUUCUCUGUACAGAACCAAAAUGUCGUAAAGCUUGGCUGUUAACCCAGAAAGAGCCCGCUCACUAUUGUUGUAUAAUCUAAAUGAUAAAAAUACCUUUAUGUUUACACAUGGCCUGUGAGUAAAAUUAAAGAUGCAUUCCAUGUGAAGGACGGACUUGUAGAUACUUCACCCCCCUCAUCAUUUACUGCAUGCUUUAACGCUCAAAGUGGUCGUAGAUUUCAAAGAGUGAGUGAGUCUGUGUCGUGGACGAUCAUCCAGCUGCUGACGUCAUAUCAUGAGGAUGUUUACCUUUCACCUGAAACCCUACAUGUGACCCUCUACUGUAAUCUUUGUGUGAAAAUCAACAAAGUCCAACACUUCAUAUGAAUAAAGAUGUGAACCGUAUCAGACUAAUCUGCAG